AUGUCUUCCAUCCCUAUCACACAGAGGGCAGCAGUGCUCGAGCAGCACGGCAAGCCUCUUGUCAUCGUUAAAGACAGACCCAUCCCAGAAGCUAUUCCUGGCAGUAUCGUCGUCAAAGUCCUCGCCACACCACUAUCGCGCUACGCAAGAACCACAUUCGACGGCACGAUUCCCGCUCCCCUUCUCGAUCCGCCCUUUGUCCCGUGCCCACGAACUCUCGGGUAUGUGCACAAGAUUGGUAGCGGCACGACAUCCUUCAAGGAGGGAGAUUUGGUGCAUGUCGAGCCUGUGGUUGUGGCUCGCGAUGAUCCGAAUGUGUUCAUCAUGCAAGGCCACGUCAAGGGGCCGCCUGGCGAUAAGACCGACAGAUUAGCCGAAGGAGAUUUUCGUGAUGGUGCUCUCCAACAAUACCAGCGCGUUCCACUCGAAAACGCCUACCGUAUAGACGAGAAACUCAUCAGAGAGUUAGGCGUCGAUCUGAUCAACCUCGUCUCUCUCAGCACGUUUUCUCCAGCCGCCGGAGCUAUCUUUGAGUCUGCGAACCUCAAAGUCUGCGACACUAUCAUCAUCGGGCCAUCGGGCGGAUCGUUUGGUGGAAGCGCUGUCGAGUUGGCCUUGGCGGUUGGCGGAAAUGUCGUUGCUCUUGGACGGAACGGAGAGAUGUUACAAGUCAUGAAGCAGAGCUUGAAGUCUUCUCGACUCAGCACCGUUCUCAUGACUGGCCACGUCGACGCCGAUGCCGCUGCCAUUCUGGCGGCCACACCUGGUGGUGGAGGGGCGGACGUCUACAACGAUUGGUCUCCUGGUGGCGUCGCCGUCGCUCCCUUUCUGCCAUCGGCUAUUCGUGCGCUCAAACCAGGUGGACGAAUCGUAAUCAGCGGUGGCGCUUACGGUUCCUUGGAGGUUCCGUAUAUAUCGAUGGUGUUCAAUAGGUUGUCGAUUGAAGGGUCGUUCAUGUGCAAUCGCGAGUCUAUGAUCAGACUGAUUCACAUGAUCGAAUCAGGGCAACUUGAUAUCAGCACUGAAGGUGGUACUCAGGUUCGAAGGUAUGGACUCGGUGAGAUUGACAAGGCUAUUGCAAUCACCGAGGAAACAACACGAUGGAGGAGCCACACUGUUGUCACGCCUAACUAA